CCCACCCACCGCGCCGGGAGGGUCUCGGCCGAGCCCCGCUGGGACCAGGUGUCCCGGGCGCGCCAAGAUGCAGCCGCGGCUCUGGCUCCUCCUCGCCGCGCAGCUCGCAGCUCUCCACGGCAGCUCGGUGCUCCAGCAGAACCCUGAGUACCAAAUGGUUCAGACCAACCAAAUGGUGGUACUGACCUGCGAAGCCAGAACCACCUACCCUAACAAGCGCAUUUACUGGCUGAGACAGCGCCAGGCCCCAAGCGCGGACAGUCACCAAGAGUUCCUGGCCGCCUGGGAUUCCAUAAAAGGAAUUGUGUAUGGUGAAAAGCUGGAUCAGGAGAAGCUAACCUUAUCUCAGGAUGCAUCCAGGUCCACUCUCCAUCUCGCACAUGUGAAGCCUGAAGACAGUGGCGUCUACUUCUGCAUGAUCAUCGGAACCCCCGAGCUGACUUUCGGGACAGGAACUCGGCUAAGUGUGGUUGAUGUCUUUCCCACCACUGCCCGACCCACUACGAAGCCCACCCCCAAGAAGAAAGUGUGCCGGCCCCCAAACCCGGUGACCCAGGAGGGCCUGUCCUGUGGCCCCAUCACCCUCGGCCUGCUGGUGGCUGGUGUCCUGGUUCUGCUGGUGUCCUUGGGUGUAGCUAUCCAUAUACACUGCCUGCAGAGGAGAGCCCGGCUUCGCCUCCUGAAACAGUUUUACAAGUGAGCAGAGAAUACGCUUUUGGUGUCCUACUACAAAAAUACUUUGGUCAGUAAUGAGCAAGAUCUGGAAUAAUGAGAGAGAAGGGACACACUCAACCAUGGACGUUUCAUGACCUGCUGAAGCUGCCUGCUUUAACUAAUGCCAGUUCUUUCUGUGGGCCUCAUGCCUGGGAGCAACUUCUUAGGUGGUCAUCGGGAAUCUUAGACAGAAGGCUUCAGAACCCCAGGGCACUUUCUGCAACUCACAAGGCAUACUGGAGGAUCGAGUAAGCAAUGCCACCCAGGACACCACUUCCGGCUCCUGUGCUCACCCUGGACUGGGCUGGGACCUUGGGUGUGGGCUGUGCAGCCACCAUCUUGGAAGUUGCUUUGCCCUGGCAGGGCGGUGACUGAGACCUGAGUCUCCUGGGAUGGCUCUCCCCGGUCUUCCCAGCCUGGGGCUGACCUUUGUCACAGAGAGCCCCACAGAGCAGACCCAGAUUGGAAAUGAGGCUUCCUAAGAUGGCCUGACCUGGCUCCCAUAGUCAUUUUCGUUUUUGAGGACUUCGUUUGGGCCUGGAAACUUGUGGUUUUGUGGGCAGGAGGUCACUUCAUCUCCCUUGAGGAGGUUUCUCGGCUUUCAUUGUUGCACUCCCGUGGCUUGUGUAUUUCUUCUCUCAUUUUCUGUUCUUUUCAUUAAAAUGUCGUGGUUGUAAAAAUAAAUCCUGAGUGAAAGAGGCGUACGGCUCCUGUGAUGGAAAAGCA